GGCGAUUGGCCCAAAUCUUGCUCAUGGGCUGGUGGCAAAUCUGACAAAUCCUAUUGCUUUUAUUCUAAAUGCUCUCUGGGCACCUUUAGAAAAAGAAGCUUGUUAUUAUGUACUAAAGUAAAAAAAUUGUAUUCUUAGAGUCAGAGUUGGAACUAUAGGACUUGAAGGCAAGAAGACUUAUCGAGGAUCGAUUUACUCAGUUUCCCCAAAGCUCUCUCUAAAUUGGACUCAACUGUACAUCAUGACGGAUGUUCCAGUGACAUUUAGCCAGGUUGAGUGUAAUGGGGAUACACCACCUGAAAACGGUAACCCACCAAUCCCCAAAACCAAUGAUGAGGUCAGAGAUGUGGAUGGCACCCCAUCAUACUACAGGGUGGAACCGAGUCUUGAAGAUUUGCCCACAGAAGGAAAUCUGGAGAAAAGUGAAAAAUUACAAGGGAAGAUGCUGCUCAACUGGCCCAAGGAUGAGAAAACUCUAAAAGAAAAACCAGAAGAGCAUCUCUUCAUUGUUCAUAAGGCCAUCACAGAUCUUUCUCUCCAAGAAACCAGUGUUGAUGAAAUGACAUUCAGAGAAGGGCAUCCGUGGAAGAAGAUUCCUCUAAGCAGCAGUAACCAGGAAAUAAGUAGACAAAAGGAGAGGAUUGCUGAACAACCUCUAGAAGAACGAGAAGUUGGGGAUAGGAAGAGCAAAGCUUACCAGGCAACUGAAAUCGAAUGGCUGGGAUUUCGAAAAGCUGGCCAAGUUGAUGUGUUGCAUGACGAGGAGCAAGAGGUUUGGGAUGAAGAAACUAACAAUGAAGAUGAUGAUGAAGAUGAAGUUCGAGUGAUAGAAUUUAAGGAAAAACACGUAGAGGGUUCUCACUUCAAAGAGGAAGGUGAUCCAAGUGAGGACUCCCCGCUGAGCAGCCCCAGUUCCCAACCUGUGACCCCUGAUGAGCAGCCACCUUUUGGGAAGAAGAGUGAUAUUUCCAGAAAUGCUUAUUCAAGGUACAACACAAUAUCCUACCGGAAAAUCAGGAAGGGGAAUACCAAGCAAAGAAUUGAUGAAUUCGAGUCUAUGAUGAAUUUAUAAACUAACUGGAUCUGAGAAGUUCUCAGCCCCACUAAAGCAAAAGCUAAUUCUGUUUUCCCGAGAUGCAUCUCUGUAUCCCUUAUGUCAGUUAUCCUCUUUAAAGAUGUGGAAGCUUCCUUUCUGUUUCACUGUAGAAUAAUGUGGAAAUAACCCUAGGCAAAAUUCAGUCUGGUAACUUCAGAUCAAAAACCUUUACGUUUAUUUACGGACAUUUGCUUUUUAAAACUUCACUAACAUAGCACAUGUGAUAAGCCCCGAACAGCUGGAACCCCUGGGGAAUCUGGCAUGAUUUGGCUUUAAAAGGAGCAGCGCUGGGAAAUACAGUCAUUCAGUGCAGAGACCUAUUUGAUACGAUUCCUGUAUUUCUUUUGGGGUCUUUCUUCCUGUACCCUGAGGCUGCUAGAAAGUCUGUUGUUAACCCUUUCUUAACUUUUAAGCACUAUUUUAUAGACUCGGCCAGUAAACUUUUCAAAAGACUUUGCCUUUCCUAUUACCUUCAAAAGAGAUUUUAAGUGGUUUCCGUGGCAUCCGCAGAGUGAAAAUUUGGUACAGGCUUCUUCCUCACUGUUACCAUUCACUGAAUUUUCUCACUAGAGGAGCUGAGCAAUUGUGAAUCCAGAGAAUUCUGUUUACUGAAUGUUGCCUUUAUGCUCUCAAGAUGAAUUAAAUCCAUUGUGAGGUUGGUACAGGGAGGGGCUACACAAUUGGUGGGCAACAGACUAAAGAAUUAUAUUGGAUAGUUUUAUUUCUGUGACAAAAUAAAAUCUUGUCUAGCAAAGUGAAAGUCAUUAAAAAUGAAAAUGAGGGCCUUAGUACAUCUUAAAAAUAUACCCCCUCUUUAUUAUCACACUUUUCCUUAUUAAUUAUAUCUCAGAAUAAUUUUCUUUCCUUAGAAACCUGAGACAACUCUAGUCAUAACUGUACUAGUUACUAUGAAAAUGGAAAUACUUAUCUUAGAAUAUUCUCAAAGUAGAGUGUGAGCAUGCAUUUUUAGUGAGAAAGCUCUGAUAGUUGUUGGGAAAAUAUGAUUCACUGGACUUCAGCCCAAAUCGAGAUGCUUAAAUGGAGUUUCAUCAAACCAAUGUGUCAAAUAAUGUAUUGAGUAUUUAUGAAAAAGGAGAGUCUAUAUUUAUAUAGAUUUCUUAGAUAGUUUCAUAAUUUUUUAUUUCACGCUUCCAUAUAUAUUAUCUGGUAUUUUCUGUCGCCACAGAUAAAGAUAUUUUUUGGCCCUGCAAAUAAAAAGACAAUUCCUUAUUGUCUGAAUGUAAUACAGUCUUCAUUGUACUAGUCAACCCUUUGUUUCUUUCUUUUUCAUUUUGUAAAAAACGCUGGUUUCUCCCUUCUUAGAUUAUUGCUUAUUUAUGUGUAACAAAUCCCACACAUUCUAAUGGCAAUUUCUUUAAUUCUUCCUGGUCAUGUAAUAUAUUUCCAUAGUAUCAUGUACUUUUAGUUAGUGUUUACAAGGCUCAAUUUUGAAAUAAGAUUGCAGUGUUCCUCUUAUUCUUUCAAACAGAUACUUUGCAACCUGAAUGUAUAAAUGUUCUGCCAUCCUUCAUCAGUAGAACCUGUAGCUUUCAUUCUUGACAAGGCAAGUUUUCAGAAUAAAGCUAGGAAAAUCAGGUCUUUAUUGAUAAACGUGGAUAGAAAAUGAAUGCACUAGAUCAAUUUCCUGUUUAUUUAGAUCCUCUAAACCUGUCCAUCAGGACAACCUAGUUUCUUUUCUGGAUUACUGAUGACCCCUACAAUUUUCUAUUUAACUUCAAAGCUCAGUGUUGCAUUAGCCAUCACAGAACAAGAUCAUAUUGUUAAUCUACCAUGAACAGGGCCUAUAUUUUAAAUUAUUCCAAGGGAGAUGAUGAUGUGGUCUAUGGCCUUUUGAUAUGGCCAAGCAACUAGCUCUUUUGCAGCUCCAACGCAUAUAUAUAGUAACCCUGGCCUUUUUAGCUUUGUGCUUUUACCAGACAAUGCAGCAUGAAAGAUUUUGUCAACAAAGAUUCUUCAGGGCAUAUUUGAUGAGUACAUACUUAAUGCUCAUGGAUGAGGCAAUGUAGUUGCAAAAGAGCACUGAAAAUAUUCUUGUUUUAAAAUGUAUUUUUAUUGAUUUUAGAGAGGGGGGAAGAGAGAGGGAGAGAGAUAG